CUCAUACUUAUAGUACCUUAAUAAAAGUGGUCACCUUAUCUUCUCUACAUCGUGGUUCGACCUUAUCUUAUAAGACCGUGGUUUUUAGGUGUUAUGUUCAUUAUUAUAACUUGAUAUAAAUUAUAAACAGUCAAUUUUGUUUAUACAAUUCCAUUGUAUUCAUGAACUGUAAACAAAAAAAAAUAACCUAUGAGUCUAUGAAUUACACCAAUAACCCAUCGGUGAUGUAUAUUGUAUAUUAUAAAUUAUAUUAUGUAUAUUUUAAUAUAAUAUUAAAAUGUAAAAUAUAUUUCAGGAUACUAUGAAACAAGAAGUUAAAAAUCAAGAUUUAAAUUUGAAAAAUGAAAUUAUUAAAAUAAUGAAUAAGGAACUUCAAUGUCCCAUUUGUAAUGAAUGGCUGUAUAAAGUAAUUUUGUUUUAUAAAGAAUUUUCAACUCAUAUUUCUGGAGUAAAAUACAAUUUUUACAAACCCACUUGCCAUUAAAACAAACAAUUAGAUGUUUUUAAUAUUAUAAAUAAUAUGUUAAAAUAUUAAAGCAUUUGUCCACUCUAAAAGUGCUGGGGGAUUUAUUCAAGUAAUAUCUUAAGAUCGGCGCCACUAAUAGCAAUGCAAAAGUAUUUAUAGUAUUUAAUGGUUUUUACUGAUAAUUUGUUACUACUUUUUUGAAAAAUAUGAAAUAAAUUUGUUAGAAAUUUUCAUUUAAAAACACCUGUUUCCCAUUAUUGACCCUGUAUUAUUGGAUAUUUAAUUAAAGCAAUCAAAUAUAAUUUAGGCAACUUCUGCAAACUGUAAUCAUACAUUUUGUGAAGUAUGUAUUAGAAAAUGGAUUCAAAUUAAUAAAGCAUGCCCUAUUUGCCGUACUGCAAUUCAAUACACUACAACUUCUAUAGCAGUUGAUAAUUUCAUCUCAAAUUUAUGUCAAUUAUUUGGUGGUUCUGUUAAAGAACAGCGAGAAUCUAUAGAGAAUGCUCGAAUAGGUGUGAUAUAUACAUAGCAUUAAAUUAUUUUACUAAUAAAAUACAUUUUUAAUGUUAUAUUUAAAUUCACAGAUGAUGCAGAUCAAACAGUUGAUGAAAGAAUAAGUGAUUUAAAUCAAUCAAUCGAAGAAGACACCUUUUUAAGUCAAUUUGAAACUACUAUGCCACCAAUGAGACAUCCAAAUAUGGUUCCUUUAAUACCCUUACCUCGAGUAACUGAAGUGCCUGUAUUUACAGUGAAUUCAAGAGAACCAUUAAAUUUGCAUCAUUCCAACAGAGGUCAAUUAUCAUCCUUUAUACCUAUAGUAUUGGUAGAUAAUCUGCGUGUUAAUGAUCUUCAACCAACAUCUAAUGUUGACUUACAUGUCAGUUCAAGUAUUAAUCAAUCAAUUGAAGAAGAUACAAUGAUUAGCCAACUUGAAACUACUAUGCCACCAAUGAGACAUCCAAAUAUGGUUCCUUUAACACCUUUCCCUCGUGUAUCUGAAAUACAUGUAUCAUCUUCCCUUCAAUCGUCUAUGGAAUUGGUAACAAGUCUACAUAAUAUUAAUCAUCUUCAGCCAACAUCUUCAAUGUCUGAAGUUAGCUCAUGUGUCAGUUCAAAUUUUGAUCAGUCAGUUGAAGAAGAUAUAUAAUAAAAUUAACUUUAAACUACUAUGCCAAUGACACGUCCAAAUACGGUUUCUUUAAUACUGUCAUAACUAUCUAAAAGACUUUAAUACUAAACUUCAGCAUAUUAAUACAACUAUUGAUCAAUCAAAUGUACCUUUGGCUAACUUCAACAUGUAGUAACCAUAUACUACUGAAUACCCAUGCAAAUAAAUUCAUACUGUUAUAAUAUUCAAGUGCCUUUAUUAUUUUUAUUUAUAUUUUAUUAUUAUUAUUAUUUUAUUGUCUUCUACAUUGAAAUUCAUUAUGAAAUCAGACAUUUUUUGUUAUAAAAGUUUGAUAUUAAAAAUAAAGUAUUUUUGUAUUUAA